UGAAGGAGGGGCUCCGCGUGAAUGCCGUCUGAGCUCCCGCCUCCCCUGUAGUCUACAGGUCCGCGGAUGACUGGGCUGACACGAUAACGCGCCUCAUCGCGCUGCAGAUGCGCCUUGUUUUUUAUCGACCUUUUACGCCAUUCUCAAUUUAUUCAUGACGGAAAAAACGACGGGUUAACCUUUGCAGAAGAGGGGAAUAUGCUGUCUUGCUCUCCCCCGAUAUCAUGUAGAUGAUCAAACAGACAAGAUCAGGAGAGAGAAGACUAGCAUCCUGAUCACACUGUCCUGGAUUGACCUGGAUCCUGAUCACUGUCCUCAGAUGUUUGAUUUGUCCAGAAAGAUCCUCCAGGAUUUUUUCCAGAGAACAUUUUUACAAUUGAGGACUGUAUGAUGUUUUUUGGGUUUUACCUUAGUAAGGAUUUUUUUCAAUGAUUUGUAGUCUUUCCUCCCAAACCAUUGUAAGGUUCACAUGUUCUUCCUCACAAUGUGGAUACCUGCUGGAGAGUGAAGAAUCAGAUAAUUGCAUAUUUUCAUUUUUCUCAGUGAUUUUUGUGGGAGAACAAAGAAUGUGUAAUAUAUCCCUCACUCUUCUUUGGUUUGUUUUGGGGUGAGAGACAGAUUCAAACUCAAAAUGUCUCGGUUCACCCAGAGGAAAAUACGCACAUUAACAGGACUUUUGUGCGCCAUGACCUUCUCACUGUUUGUGUUCAGUUACACACUCAGAGAACCCUCGCUGUACUACUUCAGGUCCAUGCUGGGCCUGUCAGGAAGUACAUGUUCCUGUCGACGCUGUAUCACUCACCUUGAUGAUGAAGAUGAUAGCUGGUUUAUGGAACGGUUUAACCAAUCCUUCCACCCACUGAUGUCCAGGAAAAGCAGCAUGCUCUCAGAUGACACAUACAGAUGGUGGCAGUGGCUACAGGCUGAGAAGAGCCCAUCCAAUCUAACCAUAGUGUUGGACAGAUUAUUCCAGCUGAUCCCUGCUGAGGAACGCUAUGUUGAUGCACAUCCAGAUCGCUGUCGAACAUGCUCUGUAGUCGGUAAUUCUGGGAAUCUUCGGGAGUCCCAUUAUGGGUCCUACAUCGACUCCAGUGAUUUUGUCAUACGAAUGAACCAGGCUCCAACACAGGGUUUUGAAAAGGAUGUUGGCUAUAAGACUACUCAUCACCUUAUGUAUCCAGAGAGCGCCACUGAUUUAGACAACUCCACAAGUCUUAUACUCAUUCCCUUUAAAACUCUGGAUCUAGAGUGGAUCAUCAGUGCUCUGACUACAGGAGACAUCUCAAAGACAUAUGUACCAGUCAAGAAAUGGAUCAAAGCCAAUAAGGACAAGGUGUUAAUCUACAACCCAAGCUUUUUAAAGUAUGUAUAUGACUCAUGGCUAGAGGGUCGUGGGAGAUAUCCAUCCACUGGAUUCCUUUCUCUAAUGUUUGCAAUUCACAUUUGUGAUGAGGUGAAUGUGUUUGGAUUUGGUGCUGACCAGGAUGGAAACUGGCACCAUUACUGGGAGGAUAACAUGCUGGGAGGAGCAUUCAGACACACAGGGGUCCAUGAUGGAGACUAUGAGUACAACAUCACACUGCUCUUAGCAGACAAACACAAGAUCAUGCUCUACAGAGAAGGCUGACUUCACACAUGGAAUUUUCCACAAUGCCUUAACAGAACAGAACUACUGUACCACAAGACAGGGGCCAUUUGAGCACUUAUUGCCAUUUGUGUAUGGAUUGAAAGCUUUAGAGAUUUUAUUUGAUUUUUUUUUUUAAUUUACAUUUAGAAUGAAGAUUAAAAAAAAUAAUAAAAAAAAUUGGUGGUUAAAAAUGACAAACAGGACUUCGAGACUGUUUGCAAAUGUUGCCCAUAUGCUGCAGACAUGGAUAAUAUCAGUUUCACUUUCUGACAACAAGCUAAUAUUCAAAGCUAAACUUUUAAACACUCACUUAUAACACUUCUUCCUAAUAAUUUCUAUGUACAUCUUUAUAAAAAAGCAACAUUUUAUGUAAAAUUCACUUUACAUUUUAAAGUUUUAUUCAUUGUGAUAUUAUGAAUAAAUAUGCCAUGGUUUAGUGGAAGAUUGCUGCCAUCUACUGCAAAAACAUACAUUUUAGUAUUAUACAAUAUACAAAUUUAAAUAAAAUGGGGGCCACUCAUUGGCUCUUUUGCCAUUUCCAAAUAGGUAUAAAUCUGUUAACCUUUUAUUUUAUUUAGUUUUGUAUGCAGACAUAAAAUAAAUAUAAAAUAAGUAUUUGUUAUAAUAACUCCACAUUAUUACAGUCAAACAUGCUGUUUUGAAUUUUAUAUUCAUGCAUGUAUCAUGGUACUGUUGUAAAGGAAACAGGAAACAUGUAAAUGGGGUUAAUAAAUUUAAAUGUCUGUUGAUAAGCUACAUGGAUUAAUUAAUAGAAUUUCAAAUUUAAUGUGCCUUCUUUUGCCAAAUAAAUGUGCCUUGUUUUAGAAAAAAAUGAAUGAAGUAUUUAUUUAUUUAUUUAUAUUUAUUUUUUAAUUUUCAUUUUCCAAAACACCAUGUCUGUGUUUUGUAAGUAGUGUAUAUUAAUCCAGUGGUAAUUUUCACCAAACAUGUUUUAAUGUAUGACAAAUAAAUGAAU